AUGUUUUGCUCAAGCAACAAUUCAAGGGAAUGGGCCGAGGCAAUGGGGAAGUCUAAAAAUGCCAAGCCCCUGACGCAUGAGGAGAUUUGGGACGAUUCGGCUCUGGUCCAAUCUUGGGAUGAGGCUGUCGAGGAAUACCAGCUCUAUCACAGCAUCCACGCCAAAGGGGAAAAUGUCGAAGACAUCUUGAGAGAGGCUCAGGAGACAGGAAUUGCAGAAGAAGUUGACGCCAUGGAAGAAGGAGGCGAAGGUAUUGCAGAAGACGAUGCCAUGGAGGCUGAGAAUUCGAUGAUUCCUAAUGAAGCAGCCACAGACCCCGUUUCCCAGUCGGAAGCUGUUCCUCCCCAAAGUUAUGCUGCGCAGGAGCCAGCUCCCGCCGCUGCCCCAGGGCCUGGGGUUCCCACAGGAGCCAUGCCAACGCUGCACCCAGCUCUUUCACAGGUUCAAGAUGAAGAGUUGAAGAACCUCAUGAUGGCCUGGUACUUUGCUGGUUACUAUACAGGGAUCUACGAAGGCAAACAGCAGGCGAACAAGAGCAAGAACACAUGA